AUGAAAUUCGCUAUUUUCGGCAUCGUGGCUGCGCUGUCUACCAGCUUCGCUACUGCUUCCACGCUAUAUGCCGCAUCUUAUGGGGGCUCUUUAUAUUCACUGGCUUUCAAUAAAGCCAAUGGGUCGUUGUCAACCCUCGAAAAGUCACAGGACUGUGGCACUAGUCCGUCAUGGCUGAUGCUGGAUCAACCACACGGGAUUCUUUACUGCUUGAAUGAGGCUAUCGAUACUGCCAACGGUAGUAUCACUUCAUUCCAGGCAUUUGCCAAUGGAUCGUUGGACACUAUUGAAAAACUGACCACUCCUGCUGGUCUGGUUAUGUCGGCCAUAUACACCGCUGCUGGUGUCAAGGACUCGGGCUUCUUCGCCGUCGCUCAUUAUGAGACAUCUACCGUGACCACCUACGCCGUGGAUCGUGCCAAGGGCGAAUUCCAAAACCUACAGACUUUCACUUUUGAGAUGUCUCACCCUGGUCCCAACACUACUCGACAGGACGCUCCCCAUCCGCACGGCGUUUUCGUUGACCCGACUGGGAAGUUCGUUCUGGUUCCCGACCUGGGGACAGAUCUUGUGCGCAUAUUCGCUAUUGAUCCCUCCACCGGGUACCUUGAACCUGUGGAGCCCUACCAUGCAACGCCCGGCUCUGGUCCUCGUCACCUCACCUUUUGGACCCCCAAGACCUAUAAUGCCACCACCAGUGAUGUCUACAUGUUCCUUGUUCACGAACUUACCAACGUGGUGAGUGGCUUUCGCGUGGGUUAUACCAAUGGCGGCAUGUCCUUCGAUCGGUUCUUCCAUGGCACAUCGUAUGGCAACUAUACGGCCCCGUCCAGCUCCAAGGUUGCCGAGAUCAAAGUAUCGCCCGACAAUAACCGACUGGUUAUCAGCAACCGUCUGGACAACACGUUUGGCAGCAAUAAUGAUUCCAUUGCUAUCUUUGAUAUUGCGGACAAGAAUGGUGAACGCUUUACUGGUGUUCGCUUUGUCGGGCUCUACCCAGCAUUUGGUUCCUCGGUGCGCCACUUCGAUAUUGGUGGAUGUCCUCAAGAGUUGGCCGUGUCUCUUGAAAACAGCCAGAAGGUCGGUGUCAUCCAGUGGAAUAUGCGCAAUGGUGAACCUGGUAGGCUGCUUGCUGAAUUGACCCUGGAUGGCGAUGUUCCUGCUGCUAUCUGGGCUAAAUGA